UACACAUCUGUUAUGUUAAUUUUCCGAUUAUUUUAGAAGCUUCGGUUACAUAAAUAAUUAUUUUACGCGUAGAUUCAUUUAUUUAUCUAUUUUUGACGGACACAAUAAUUAUCUCCUUCUCUUUCGACCUCUCUCUAUCUUAGCCAUGGCGAAUCUUACCUUAGAGCUCAACAUCUACUCUGCAAAAGAUCUUGAAAAUGUCAACCUUAUCACCAAAAUGGAUGUAUACGCCGUCGUUUGGAUCACCGGCGAUGAUUCUCAGAAGAUUCAUAAGGAGAAAACCCCUAUCGAUCGCACCGGAGAAUCUGAGCCUACUUGGAAUCACACCGUCAAAUUUUCCGUUGAUCAAAAGUUAGCUCACGAAGGCCGUUUGACCCUCGUCGUAAAAUUGGUCUGCGAUCGGAUCUUCGGUGAUAAAGAUCUCGGAGAAGUCCAAGUUCCGGUUCUUGGGCUUCUUCAUGGUUCUUCCUCGCCGUCAAUUAACGGUAACGGUCAGGGGAAGAUGAGAUUUGUGACGUAUCAGGUGAAAACUCCGUUUGGGAAAGGUCAAGGCUCGUUGACUUUUUCGUACCGGUUCGAUACGCCGUCGUUUAAACCGGAUUUACUGGCAUCGUCACCACCGGUUUACUCGAAUCCGAUGGAUAUACCGUCUGAUUACUCGUCGACGACGACGAAUUAUCCUCCGCCAUCGUCUGAAGCAAGUUUCUAUCCACCACUAUCGUCUAUUGGAUAUCCUCCGUCGUCUCCGCCGCAAGAUUAUUCCGCACCGCCGUACCCGUACCCGAACCCGAAUCCGUACCAGUACGAUUCUCAUUACCCGGAACAGCCAGCCACCGUUUAUCCACCUCCGUCACCCUCUGCCUCGAAUUUAUAUCCUCCGCCGUAUUACAGUACUUCUCCGACGCAUCAUCAAUCCUAUCCGCCGCCUCCUGGUCAUUCAUACCACCAAACGCAACCGUCACAGUCGUUUCACGGGUUCGCGCCUUCGUCUCCGCAGAAUCAGCACGGGUAUGUUUAUCCGCCGACGACGUCACCGGGAUAUGGAUACGGCUGUCCGACGACGCAAGCGCCCCCGAAGAAUAAUAAAACAGGGCUUGGGCUUGGAAUGGGAGCUGGGCUUUUGGGAGGAGCAUUGGGUGGGCUAUUAAUCGGUGAUAUAGUAUCCGACAUUGGCUUUGAUUUUUAAUAUUUUUUAUAACUUGUAAGAAUUAAGAAACUCCUUUUUCCUGC